AUAUGGAUGAGUUGCUGGUCGACUGCAUGCAUGAGUGCAGCGAGAUCGAUCGACUGCAGUUUCUCCUGAGGCGAUUGGUGUUGCGUUGCAGGGUCAUGAGGCGGGAAGUGAGUCAGUUGGUUGAAGGAGUGGUUGCUGCGGACGUGAUGGAGGUCAUGGAAGGGGAGGCAGGCGGGAUGCCAGAGGGUGUGAUCGAUGUUGCAGGUGGGAAUAUGUUUGCGUCGACGAGAGCCAGGUCAGGGCGAGUUGCGCUGGGGAGUUAGAAACUUUGGCAGAGACGGCGAAAUUGUGAGGAGAGGGUAAAUAUCGGCGCCUGACAUGUCGUCUUCCCUGCGCGUGGUCUCUAAGGCUGGGACGUUGGGCAAGAAGCUCUCCUUCGAUGCUCGUGACGGAAUCUCAGCUGGGAAUGAUCCUCAUUUCCAUGAGAGAUUACCUCACGCCGAGAGUCGUAUUGCAAAAGCUAGCAUUCGGAAGCCUCUAUUAUUUCUAGAUGAUUCAGAGUCCAGCUUCAAGGUGUCGACUUCGGGGGGGAUGAAGAAAACGACUACAUUGCCAUGUUCUUCCCAGGGCCAGCGGCAGCAACAUCAUCGCCGGUCGCCCUCGCUAAACAAUUUUCCCCGAUUUGAGAAUGCAGUGACGGAUUCAGCAGCUUUGUCGACUAGAGCCUUGCGGCAAUCUGCUUCGUUCUCGGGUCGUGUAUUCACAUCUCGAGGCGGUCGACUUGCUGACCAAAGCACUCCUUGCAGCUCUAGGAAGACCUCCAGGAAUGACGUCAAUGGUGCCGCUUGGCGAAUUAGUCCACGGCUCGAGCUGGAGGAGGAUCCCGCUUUCUUGCAGGACCACAAUGUGCAGGUUUUGCUUCGGGCUCGUCCAAUAAGUGGCAUCGAAAUUGCGCAACUAGGACAUGCUAGGUGCAUAAGACAAGAGAACGCGUACGCCAUCUCCUGGCUUGGUCAACCGGAGACACGAUUCUCAUUUGAUUAUGUGGCGAGCGAGUUCGUCACUCAGGAAGAGCUCUUUCGAGUCGCAGGGCCACCGAUGGUGGAGAAUUGUAUGGCGGGGAACAAUAGCUGCGUGUUCGCGUACGGCCAGACGGGCAGCGGCAAGACGCAUACGAUGCUCGGCGACGUUGGCGACUUCGAUCGACAGCCUAACGAGAACCGCGGAAUGACGCCGCGUGUGUUUGAGUAUCUGUUCAAAAAAAUUCACGAGGAAGAAGUGGCGCAGCGACACACGAAUAUGAAAUUCAAGUGCAGAUGUUCCUUCUUGGAGAUCUACAACGAGCAAAUUUCCGAUUUACUGGAGCCGUCUUCUUCCAAUUUACCUAUACGAGAGGAUUCAACUAAAGGCAUUUACGUCGAUGGUUUAGUGGAAGUUGAAGCGCAGAAUGUGCGAAACAUUUUGCAUCUCCUUCUAUUGGGUGCGGCAAACAGGAAAGUGGCGGCCACGGACAUGAACCGAGAGAGCAGCCGGUCGCAUAGUGUUUUCACUUGUGUCAUUGAGAGUCAGUGGGAGUGCGAUGCAACGAUCAACUCCCGCAUCGGACGCCUCAACCUCGUCGACUUGGCUGGCUCUGAAAGGCAGAAAUCCUCCGGCGUUGAUGGAGAGCGUUUUCGAGAAGCGGCUAGCAUCAAUAAAUCUUUGUCUACCCUUGGGCUUGUCAUAAUGGACUUGGUUGACAUAGCCAACGGGAAACAGCGGCAUGUACCAUACCGAGACUCAAAGCUGACGUUCCUCCUUCAGGAUUCACUUGGAGGCAACUCUAAAACUACAAUCAUCGCCAACAUCAGCCCCUCCAGCUGUGCAUCGUCGGAGACGCUCAGCACCCUUAAGUUUGCUCAGCGCGCAAAGUUCAUUCAGAAUAAUGCUGUUGUCGGUGAGGAUGCUUCUAGAGAGGCGAAAGGAUCGAAAGAGCAUAUCCAACAGUUGAAGGGUUGGGUUGUGGAGUUUCUUACCGAAUUUAGCUUCCGCAUUUUGAAACAGGAUGAGUUAGCUCGCCUGCGGAGGCAGAAUAAUUCAGCAAUACCAACCGUGCGUUUGUCAGAACUGAAUGAUGACCUUUCUACCGAUUUGAACUCAUUUGAAGGGUCCUUCUUGCAGUUUGGUAGAGCGGUAUUAAGUCCAAUAGCUUUGCUUCACAAGCCAGAGAUGUUGGUGGUGAAGCUUGUCUCUGAGAGACAAGUAACGAAGCGUCUUCGGAAUGAGGUUGGUUCUUAUCAGAGAGAGCUCUCAGAAUGUCGAAUGAAGCUUCGGACCAGUUUAGAUGCCAAUCAGAGGAUCGUAAGUGAGCUGGAUGUAUUGCGAAUAGAGCUUGAGAGCUCGCAGGACGAGUGCAAAAAGCUCCAACAAGACCUUGGAACGAUGAAGCUGGAGAAAGCACUUGAGGUUAAUUGUUUAGAGUUAAAGCAAGCACAGCACCACGAAUUGAUGUUUGAGCUGAAGGCACAGCUUCUGAAGAGCGAAGAGAAAGCUGAGCAAGAAGCGAGCAGCCGAAGCCAGCUUGAGAUACAGUUGCAGGAGGCAACCCAGGAGUCCACUAAUCUGCAGACAGAACUCCAGUGGACAAGGGAUUCAUUGGAAGAAGUUGAAUCGCUCGUGGAAAGGUUGCAGCGAAAGACACCAGCAUUGGAGAGUGGAGUUCCAGAAGCUUCAUAUGAAAAUUUUAUGGUAGGCCAGUUACAGGCAGAGAUUAUUGAAAUGCAUGCAAGAUUAGAAGAUGAGCACAAACGCAGAUGCGAACUUGAGGUGCAAAUGGCUAAUUACGUGAAAUAUCAAGAGAUCGAACGCAAAAUUAAUCGUGAGUGUGUGUUAAGCACGGAUGAUAGCAAGGCAACGAGGAAGAAAACGGUGAGGCAUCAUGACGCUAUCUUGCAGUUACAACUGGAGCUGGACACCAUAGAUGGUGAAUCCGAUGCAAUUAAAAGUUUCAGAUGGGAGGAAGGGACGCACGAUGACGAGGCUGAGGUAAAAAACUCAGUGACUAUUAUGCAGCUUCAGCUGAAAGUGGAAACACUAGAAGCGGCACUUUUAGAGGAGCGUCAAUGCCUCGCAGAGGUUCGAGCAACCAAUGAACAGCUUCGGCAGCAAUUGGAGAAUCCUCAGACUGAGCUACAUGGUGAGAAGGCGAGGAUAGAAUCUUUUAAGGGAGGACAUCGAAGUCUAGACGUUGAGUCCAAGUCCACCUCAGAAGAUGGGAAAGCUCGGAUGCACACGUCGUGGAGUCAGUUUUGCUUAUUUACAAAAAUUUAAUGCUUUUCAAGAGAAAAACUUGGAGGCUCUGCUGGGAGUACCACUGAAGCCCAUAGUCGUCUCUUAUCAUGCAGUAGUUGUUUUCAGAAAUAUAAUUCUUUGCCGUCGGGAGAGUAAGGAGAGCAAGUCGCAUGGAACGAGAAAAAGGAACAACUUCGAACCAAUGAGUUGUUUAAAAGUUUUAGUUUAGACCAGCAUUCUUUUGCAGGAAAGCGUGCUCAUGGAGCUCGGUAAAUUCUAGUCACGGUUACAUCAGAUGGUCAAAGAAAAAGAAGAGAUGGCCAAGGUGGAGGCUGCUCUUGUUGAGAUUUACGAGAAGGAGAAGUUCUAAGGCGGGCUAUCCAGAAGCGAGCAGAAAAGGAAUGCUGCUAGAAUAGCAGAUCGUACUCUAUAAGAGGUCUCUGAAGUCCGAUCACUUACGUUGCCUGCGGGUAUUACCAAUUGUGCUACGCUUGGUGGCAGUAACCCGCAAAAUUAUGUUGUUAGAAAUAAGGCUGAAAAUGUGAUCUUUCGUACCAAGAUUCAGGAUUUGGACAGUUCUUAGCCCGUGUACCCAGUUGUCACUUAUGACAAUUGAUAAGAAUCAGUUGAAAGUCAAGUUACUCAGCCUGGAAAUGCAGACUUGCAGCAGCAGUUGCAGAUUCGACUGUCUUGAAAUGCACUUUUUAUCGAUUUAAAAAGCACCCCAGGAAUGGCAGUAUAGGGGACUGAAAAGCUGCAGAACUUGGCUAAGGAAUUGAAGAGCAACAGAGGUCAGCUCAAGGAAGAGGUUAAGAUGAAAUGGUGUGCUAUUAAAGAUUUAGAGGAACAGUCUUUGUUAUAUCCGAGCACAGAAAAUUUGAACUUGAUUGAGCAAUGUUGGAGGCGAGACGACCUAGAAGAGGAUCUGCAUCUUCCUCUGGAGCAGCUGGAGAUGACCUAAGCUGAUGCUGAUGAACGGUAUGUAUCUGCAACUGAACCUCGCAAGCUUUUUCUACGCUUGAUUCUUUACGUUCUUCGACUUAAUUUGUAGAGGAAUGGAUCAGCACUUGUAAUAAUUUAUUUCUCAGUAGACAGAUUUGAGCAAGCGAUUAGUUGAUGAGAAUAUGAUCCAAGUAGCGACUCUUGAGGAUUCCGUGGAGUAGCUGAAAAUUACAGUUUAUGAUUUAUCGUCCCAGGUGCAUGAAAAGUCUCGGCUCUUCAUGACCUUGUGGUUUGAUAACCAUGUGAUACAUACUGUUCACACCUUUCCUCAGCAACAGCAUGGAAGUUAGUUGAAUUCCAACUAUGAGUGUAUGUUUGUUAUGGUUCUUCUCGAGUAAAAUCUUUCUUCCGACUCUA